CGAUACUUUCCCCUGAUAGCUAGCUGCAUAAAGCUCUGUGGUUGCAUUGCUCUUUUAAAAACAAAUUCAAGUACAGCGAAAAUAUAUGUAUCUCUGUCUGUCACAUAACUUUGUUAUGCCUGAUGCAGCAAUAGGCAAUAUAGAUUAAAGUGUUGUUGUACUAUUUAAAACACAUUUCUUUUACAUAGCUAGUUAGAUGGUGAAAACAUAGGAAAGUGCGUCACCUAGUGGCAAAUGGCUUCCCCUACGGUCUACACACAAAAUAAUAAUGCUUACACCCUGGUGUCAAGGGACGAAAGGCAAUGAAAUUAAUGAUUGGAAUACAAAUAGCUACAUUUAAUGUCAAUGUCCCCCUAUCCCUGUGGCACGUUUUUUGUUCUUAGCUGUUGUCAAUCCAACAAACAGUGCCAUCACAAACGGGCAUCAAUCUUGACAGUGGCACUGUGUUACUUGUGCACCUAGGCACUUACAAACUGGUAUCACACAUAGCCUAUUAUUGCUACGAUGCAAAAUCAGUUGUCACUACGUGUCUCUAUGUACCCCUCCUCUUUUUCUCUGCCAUAUAGGGCAGGAUGCGAAGCCACCAUAUGAAAUGUUGGCAAGGCACAUCACUGUAAACCUCACAGGCUCUCUUCCAAGAAGUAUUCUUGUGUGAGGGAGUGCUUUGAUUAGCAACACUACUGGUGUAAAGAUAGAAGAAGAAGACCAAUUGGAUUUUGAGGAGAGGCUACAGAAAUAGAAGCAGGAAAAGAGCCCAUCCAUUUGUUGAGCUUAGUCUAACUUCGAAAUGGACUUCGAAAAUGUAUCGAAUGUGAACUGGUCUCAGACGUUUCUCCCAUCAUACAACUCACCCGAAAGUCCAGCAGAAAAUGAUGUGCCCUACCACAACGUCCUAAUGCCCAGCAUUUUCGGUGUCAUCUGUUUCUUUGGGAUUAUUGGCAACUGCAUUGUCAUCUACACCAUUGUGAAGAAGACCAAGUUCCGAGCCCAGCAGACAGUGCCGGACAUCUUCAUCUUCAGCUUGUCUUUAGUGGACCUCCUCUUCCUCCUGGGCAUGCCCUUCCUCAUCCACCAGCUCCUGGGCAACGGUUCCUGGUGCUUUGGUGACAUCAUGUGCACGGUCAUAACCGCCUUGGACUCCAACAGCCAGAUAGUGAGCACCUACAUCCUCACCGUCAUGACUCUGGACCGCUACCUGGCCACGGUCCAUCCCAUCCGCUUCAACCAUGUGCGCACACCCUGCGUGGCGGGGGCUGCGGUGGGUCUGGUGUGGGCGCUCUCCCUGGUCUCCAUCACUCCCGUGUGGAUGUAUGCUGGCCUUAUGCCCCGAGGGGACGGCUCAGUGGGCUGUGCCCUCCUGCUGCCCAAUCCAGCCACUGACACCUACUGGUUUACCCUCUACCAGUUUGUGAUGGCCUUCGCCCUGCCUCUGGUCAUCAUCUGCGUGGUGUUCUUCAAGAUCCUUCAGAACAUGUCUGCCACAGUGGCCCCCCUGCCCCAGCGCAGCUUGAGAGUACGUACACGUAAGGUGACCCGUAUGGCUGUGGCUAUAUGCCUGGCAUUCUUCAUCUGCUGGGCUCCAUACUACAUCCUGCAGCUGGCCCACCUGGGGGUUCAGAGGCCCAGCUUUGCCUUCCUCUAUGUCUACAACAUUGCCAUCAGCAUGGGUUACGCUAACAGCUGCGUCAACCCAUACCUCUACAUUUUGCUGAGUGAGACCUUUAAGAGGCAGUUCAUUGUGGCCAUCCGGCCGAACAAUCGGGUCUUCGGGUUGAACUCUGUCAUGGCUGACGGUAGUGUGAGUCUGAGACUGGCCCCAGAGUGUAAUCAUCAGUCCCAGUCCUCUAGAGACCUACUAGUACACAAUAUGCUGCCUGUCACUGUGGCUGUGCACUGAGUCAGGAGCCCUAGCCGAGCCCCAUCCCUCAGCCCCAGUUCCAUGAAUCUGGGCUCUCUCUCAGCUCAGUGGGAAGUGGUGCCCCCAUCAGACAGUCAUGCUCCCAAUGUGUAUGACAGGGUUAACGUGCAAUGUAUGUAGAAAUGCUGAGUGUGUACAGUAUCUAUUUUGUACACAGCAGUACUGUGUUUAUAAGACACUUUUCCCUACAGGGACAUUCAACUUCAUCCUAUUAAUCCUAUCCUAUCAUGCUCCCAUGAAGGAACUGUGAAUACAGGGACUUUGUACUAGUAUUCAGUAGGCAAUUGAACUUUAGGCUAUUAGUAACAAUGUGAACUUUUAUAAAAGGAAGUCAGCCCACAGUUAUCAAUAACGCUAUUUUGCAGUUCUGUUUCAAGUGGUAACAAUUUGUAUUUCGUUUUCAUUGAUGAUUUGACAGGUUUCCACUGCAGUUCAAUGUGUUAAAACAGGUUUCUGUGUAGAUAUGUGAUAUUCUGUGAUUCUGUCAUUGGUCCGUCCAGUCAGUGAUCUGAGAGGCAGGGAAAUCACACCUUGUCGUAAUGUCAUCUAUGUCUAUACUGGAACCUGUGUGAUGACUGUGAUCAGUGAGAAAGUUGUGACGUAUUGAUGUAUUAUUUUGGGCUAUCUUCUAAUAUGUUGUCCUUAGUCAUUUUGUAAUAUUGAAUAUGUGCAGCCUGUCUAUUACCAUGUAAUGUCCGUGAUCACCAAGGAAACCUCUAUGUUGUUAUCUUUGGGAAAAUAAUAAUGUGCUGAUGCACGAUGCAGUGUUGAAUGACUGCAAUUGAUCCAAAGGGAUUUCUGGAUGUUACAAUAAAGAAUUAAAGCAUGAGACGUAA